AUGGUUAACGGACUCAGUUCCUUCAUCUCCCUAGAUCAAGUCCUCCAUCUUACCCUAGGCCCUCUCCUACGCAACUACUCCACCACGUUAACGUUCACUCACAUGCUUCACAGUCGGUACAAGUCCAAAGAGGAUCUCGAAGCUUACUCUGCGCAUCCGAGUCACAUUGGUGUCUUUAGAGGAAGCGUUCUCUCGAUUAUUGAUGAUCUAAUGGCGGUGGAUUGGGUGGCGGAGGAUGUUGACGGAGGUGAAUUGGUUUCGAAUCCGGGGUCGGCGAUUCGUGUGACAUUUUUUAAGUUAAAGGAGGGUUGUUAG